UUUACUAAUCUAAUGACUUAGGCAGGCAUUGGCUUAAGUCAUCAAUGACAUAAAUAAUAUAAACUGAUUUGGUCUCAGAAAACUUAACAUCCACUAUUCAAACGCCAGCUAGGCCUUAUAGGGGGGAAUAUAAAGUCAUUUGAAACUCAAACUCUCCUAUUAUCUGUGACCAUAUCAUAAUCAAAUCAAAUAAUUAGUGAGAUGGCCUAAAUUAUGUGGCAGUCAAAGAUUUUCCAUGACUAGUUGAUGAUCAGUGGUAGAAUUUUCUUUAUAGAUAUCCCAACAAGCCUUUCUACACUUUCGCAUGUGAACUUUUAAUCGGAAACCAUUAGAUACCACCAGCUGCUUUUUACAACAUCUAAGAGGCAGGUAAGAUAUAAUAAUCAGCACUAACAUUCUCAAAGUACACACAAAAAUGGAGUGAAAAGAGGGAAGGAGGAGCAAACAUGGAUGAUUUUUCUGAUGAGUGGAAAACAAUGGAUGAUGCCGCAAUGAAGGAGAAAAAGAGCAGGCAUCAAAUGAUGGGGUAUAGGGGUUUAGCAAGAAGGUCAAGAGGUAGCUUUGAUGUGAAGCUUUGGAUACGAACAACGGAACAAGUAUCAAAGGAUGAAUUCAUAUGGAUGCAUAUAGCUGACCCAAAUUGUUAUGGCGGCUCUGAUAAUGAUGAUGAAAAUCUUUAUCAAAAGAAAAUGAAGAAUUACAUGACAGGGCACCAAGGGGAGGCAAUCUGGCCUGUUUAUUGCAUGAUUGAAAUCACAUGGAGAUACAUCAACUGAUUAUCCUUGUCUAUUACAUCGAAGGAAAAUCA